GUCAUCAAACACCGGAAUAACUUUUGUUUGGCCAUCUGUGUUAUGGGGUUUUGUAACCCGAGUUAACUCCUGCCGCUCUGGACCCGAACUCUCUGGAUCGGACCGGAGAGCUAAGUUCUAAAGAUGUCCCGGGUUCUGAUCGUUGGAGCGGGCCUCACGGGUAGCUUGUGCGCAUGUCUGCUGAGGAGAGCGCUACAGAGCAAAGUUCAGGUGGUGGUGUGGGACAAGGCGAGGGGUGCAGGGGGCAGGAUGUCCACCAGCCGUCCUCCAGAGCCUACGUCUCAUUCUGCUGACCUCGGAGCGCAGUACAUCACAGCCACUCCUGCCUACGCUCAGUCCCACAGCAAUUUCUAUGCAGAGCUGCUGUCAGCCGGCCUGCUUCAGCCACUCGACUGUCACAUCGAAGGUCUGCAGCACAAAGAGGGAAACAAAGACUACGUGACGCCCCUGGGCACGAGCAGUGUGGUCAAACACUUCCUGUCCGAGUCAGGAGCUGAUUUGUUCCUGGAAUACCAUGUGACUGGCCUGUACUGCCGUGGAGCAUCAUGGGAGGUGGAGAGGAGGGGAGGCAGCGAGACGUUUGACGCCGUUGUCCUGACGAUGCCGGUCCCUCAGAUCCUGCAGCUGCAGGGAGACCUGGGAAACUUACUAUCCGUCAAGCAGAGGGAGGAGCUGGAGGGCGUCAGGUACUCAUCCCGCUUUGCUGUUGCACUCUACUUCCCUCCUGACGUUGUCUUCAGUUUUACCUGGGGGGCACGCUACGUCACCGACAGCCACUGCAUCCGCUACAUCGCCGUGGACAACAAGAAACGCAGCACAGAUGCUCCAGGUCUGGGUCCAUCCCUUGUCGUCCACACCAGUGUGCCGUUUGGUCUGAAGCACCUGGAGAAUGACAAGGAUACCAUCCAGCCAAUCAUCUUGCAGGAGCUCCACAGGCUUCUCCCUGACCUACCUCAGCCAAGCAGCAUCAAGUUUCAGAAGUGGAGGUACUCCCAGGUGCUGACCUCAGUCCCCAACUGUCCAGGUCACAUGACUAUCCUGGAGCAGCCGCCGCUCAUCUGUGGCGGCGACGCCUUCACCCACUCAAACUUUGACGGCUGUGUGGAAUCGGCACUCAGUGUGCUCAAAGCUCUUAAGGGCUCACUGGAUGUCCAGCAGAACACUUGAGACACACCUGCUCAAUGACUGGCAUUAUUGACCCAAUCGAAUCAUGAAGUGAUUAAAAAAAAAGAUCAGGAUCAAAUGUUUGUCGGUUUUUCUCAGAAUAAAUGUUGGAGGUUAAAAAUGA